AUGUCUGAUACUAGGAAGUAUCUAUCAGGACAUGAUAAGCGGAAAAAAAGAAAAAGAGUUGAAGAAUUUAUUGAGUCUCAAAGAGGAGCAAUUGACAAAUUUAUUGUCAAAGAAUCGAAAAAUUCAUCACUUGAAGAUUUGGUUAAUGAAGAAAAACAAGAAAACAAUGGUAAUGAAUUACAUGAAGGCUUAGCCAUUGAAAAUGAUAUAGAGGGAGACGUGAAUGAGAUUGAAGACAAUGAAAGUGGUGAUGACUUAGACUUUAAAAAUAAUUAUUCUGAAAGUGAUGAUGAUGCUAUUAAUGAAGUGAAUGAAGAACCAAGUUCAUCAAUUCCACUUGACAUUUUUGAUCCUAAAAAUUGGGAGAAUUUAGAUCCCAAGUGGAAGGAUCAAUUAGUGGAAAAGGGUCCUAUAAGAGAUGUAUUAACUGGGAAAGGUCCCAAAGAUAGAUCAAAUAGACGAUUUUCUUCAGAUUUCUAUACUCGGAUUUUGCCAAAUGGUCAAAAGCACCAUAGAGAUUGGUUGGUCUACUCACAAGCACUUGAUAAAGCAUUUUGUUUUUGUUGCAAGUUGUUCAAAAGGGCGCCUCAACCAAGUCAACUAGCAAAUGAGGGAUACUGUGAUUGGGGGCAUCUUAGUAGUAGACUUAAAGAACAUGAGACAAGUAUUGAGCAUAUCAAUUAUUAUGUUAGUUGGUCUGAGUUGCGUAUCAGGUUAAUGAAGGGUACAACAAUUGAUCAUGCUAUUCAAGAUCAAAUCAAGAAGGCAAAAGAGCAUUGGAGGAAGGUAUUACACCGAUUAAUUUCACUUGUGAAAUUUUUGGCUAAACAAAAUAUAACAUUUCGUGGUAGUAAUGAGAAACUUUAUGAUGAUAACAAUGGAAAUUUUAUGGCUGCUGUUGAGAUGAUUGCUGAGUGGGACUCAGUGAUGAGGGAACAUAUUGAAAGAAAUACACAUCAUCAUUAUCUUAGCCACAAAAUUCAGAAUGAAUUGAUAUGCUUGUUAGCUUCUCAAAUAAAGAGUUCUAUUGUUGAAAUCAUUAAAAAAGCUAAGUUCUUUUCUGUAAUACUUGAUUGCACUCCUGAUGUUAGUAACCAAGAGCAAAUGACUUUAGUUAUAAGAUGUGUUGAUGUUUCUACAAGCCCAAUGAAAGUAGAAGAAUACUUUUUGGGAUUUUUAAAAGUGGAUGAUACAACAGGACAAGGCUUGUUUGAAGAACUGCAAAAUGUGUUGAAGAGUUUUGAUCUUAAUAUUGAUAAUGUGAGAGGGCAGGGAUAUGAUAAUGGAGCAAAUAUGAAAGGGAGGCACCAAGGCGUACAAAAAAAAUUGUUGGAUAUAAAUCCUAGAGCAUUGUAUACUCCAUGUGGUUGUCAUUGUUUGAAUUUAACACUUUGUGAUAUUGCAAAUUCCUGUGGAAAAGCGAAAGACUUUUUUGGAGUAGUACAACGGAUUUAUACAAUAUUUUCUCAUUCUACAAAGAGGUGGAAGAUUUUGAUAGAUCAUGUAACGGUAAAAGGUUUAACUCUCAAGUCAUUGUCAAUCACUCGAUGGGAAAGUCGUACUGAAAGUGUAAAAGCAGUGGUACUUCAAGCUCAACAAAUCAGAGAAGCUUACUUCAAGUUGCAGAAGAAAAAGACACUGACUCUAAAAUAA